GAGAAGUUUGCAUUUUCCAAAAAUGAGAGGCUACUCAAUUAUUUUCCACUGAAUUAAACUACCUUUUUCUUUGAUAGAUAUUUUUACACAAUGUCGAGAAUCUAUGAUAGCUGGGAGAAGUUGGUGAGGGCAGUUUUGAGGAGAGAGGAAGACCGCCAAAUUGCACUUCGUCCAAGCUUCAGCAGCUCAAGUUCAGCUGGUGUCAGCUCAUGUUCUAGUUUCGAUUCGACUUUCUUUUUUAAUCCUUCCUUCUUCGGAGAUGUUCAUGCGCCUUCUGCCUGUAGAAUUUCGGGCGAGAAGCUUGAUCCUGCAGAUCUUUCUAGUCAGGACACUUUCUUCUUCCGCAAUGUGAGGGCCAUAGAAUAUGAAGAGAUAAGAAAAGCUACCAAAAACUUUAGAGCCGACCUGUUGGUGGGGCAAGGAGGAUUUGGUUGCGUUUAUAAGGGAUGGAUUGACGAGCACAAUCUUACUGCGGUGAAGCCUGGAUCUGGAAUUGCUGUUGCUAUCAAGAAGAUGAAUCAUCAAGAAUUGCAAGGACAUAAGGAGUGGGUGGAUGAAAUACAUUAUUUGAGCCAACUCCAUCACCCGAAUUUGGUGAAGCUUAUUGGAUAUAGCUGUAACAUAGACGAGAGGAUUGUGGUGUAUGAGUUCAUGCCCAAAGGAAGCUUGGACAAUCACUUGUUCACAAGAGGGUAUCUAUUCCUUCCUUGGGCAACAAGAACCAAAGUGGCUAUAGGUGCUGCCAGAGCUCUCGCCUUCUUGCACGACUUGGAAAUACCAGUCAUCCAUCGAGGCACUAAAAGUGGUGAUAUUCUUUUGGAUGGUGACUUCAACGCCAAGUUGUCGGACUUUGGCAUUGCAAGAGAUGGUCCUACUGGUGAUAGGACUCAUGUAUCAACUCGAGUCGUGGGUACAUAUGGAUAUGCUGCUCCAGAGUACAUAGCAACAGGUCACUUGACUACAAGAUGUGAUGUGUUCGGCUUUGGAGUCAUUCUGCUCGAACUAAUCUCAGGGCUUCGAGUGGUUGACCGAAAUCGGCCUCGGGGAAUGUAUAAUCUGAUCGAUUGGGCAAGAUCUUAUCUGAAAGACAAAAAGUGUGUGUCGAAGAUAGUGGAUGGCAGAUUAAUGGGUGAAUAUCCUUACAAAGAGGCAUGCAAAGUUGCCAAGAUAGUUCGGCAGUGUGUGAGUGAAGAUCCAAGACUGAGACCAAGGAUGUCUGAGGUUGUAGCUGAACUAGAAAAACUGUAAUGAUCAAGCAUGUUUUGGAUGCUUCUGGAGGAAAGCUGUCUGGAGAAAAGUUUAUGCGCACCUCAAUUCAUAAUUGGCUUCCUCGUCCAACCAUUAAGUUGGAAGUUCGAGUGAUCACAAGGAAAAUGGAGAACUAUUCAUGUUUUUUCAAAGAAAAAUACUUCUUUAUAGUGUAGUUAGUGGCAUGAUCGUACAUUUGUAUUGGAUUAAGUAAUAAAUGUAUAUGUAAAAACAAGACAAAUAUUGUCAUAAUUUUAAAGAAUUUUAAAUACAAAAUAAUUUUAUUUUAUA